AAAUACGCCGGUCGAAAAGCUUGAGGAUAUAAUAUUUUCUUGUGAUCGGAUCGAAUGGGAAGUCUUGGUUGCUGGGAAGUGAUUUCUGUUGGUGUUGAUC